AAAUAAAUCAUUCAGGCAAAACAAGAAGUAAGUAGGUAUAUAGGGGCGCAACGUGUUGGCGGAUUCUCAGUCGCUAGUGACGAGGCUCGCGGGCUGCCCGGGCGACUCCCGUGAGCGACCUCGUGUAUGAGCUACCUAUCGACACAGAUAAAGGAAUUCCUAUGUGAUGUUAGUAAACAAAAAGUGUAUAAAUAAAAAACGCGGCGUGUUCCCUCUGUCAUUCUAGUUGUGAAGUUUAGCUGACUACGAUGUCUCUUCCGGGAGUUUUCCUUUUUUCUCACUACGUAGAGAGCUUUUGGGUCGCGCCGCCUCCCCUAGUGGACUGGACAUGUAUCCCUACGUUGGUACUGGUGGUGUUGUUGGUGCUCGUCGUGGCCUCGGCGCUAGCGGCUCGUGCGAUGGCAGAUGUCAGGCCUGUCGAACGCUUGCCCGGCCCCCUACCGUUACCAUUUGUGGGCACACGGUGGCUUUUCUGGAGUAGAUACAAGAUGAACAAGCUACAUGAAGCUUAUGAAGACAUGUUCAGGCGUUACGGGCUGGUUUUCGCGGAGACCAACCCGGGGGGUGCCACUAUGGUGUCAAUCGCGGAAAGAGAGGCACUGGAGGCGGUGCUCCGAGCUCCAUCGAGGCGUCCCUACAGGCCUCCUACGGAAAUCGUUCAGGUGUACCGCAGGAGCAGACCUGAUAGAUACGCCUCCACUGGACUUGUCAAUGAACAAGGCGAAAAAUGGUAUCAUCUGCGGCGUCACUUAACAGCGGAAUUGACAAGUCCUAGCACAAUGCAGGGCUUUCUUCCUGAACUCAACACAAUUUGUGACGACUUCCUCGAGUUAGUUAAUACUUCGCGUCGAGCUGACGGAACCGUGCCUGGCUUCGAUCAGCUCACUAACAGGAUGGGAUUGGAAUCGGUAUGCGCCUUGAUGCUGGGUUCAAGACUUGGCUUCCUAGAACGUUGGAUGUCGGGCCGGGCAGCAACCCUAGCGUCUGCCGUGAAGGCUCACUUCAGAGCACAGAGAGACUCCUUCUAUGGUGCACCAUUAUGGAAGUUUGCACCCACUACGCUGUACAGAACGUUCGCCAAGAGCGAGGAUACCAUUCAUACGAUAGUAUCAGAUUUGAUGGAGGAGGCAAAGUUAAAGACGCAAAAAAAUGCUAGCGACGAAGCAAUGCGGGAGAUCUUUAUGAGGAUUCUGGAAAACCCCGCCCUUGACAUGAGGGAUAAGAAAGCUGCAGUCAUUGAUUUCAUCACAGCUGGCAUUGAGACGCUAGCGAACAGUCUGGUGUUCCUUUUAUAUCUGCUGAGCGAACGACCGGAUUGGCAGCGCACCAUUCGCUCCGAACUACCUUCAUGCAGUACUUUGACUGUUGAGGAUCUUGCAGCUGCUCCGUCAGUGCGCGCUGCGAUCUCCGAAGCUUUCAGACUGUUGCCCACCGCACCUUUCUUGGCCAGGCUACUAGAAACGCCUAUGGUAAUUGCGGGACAUAAGCUGCCUGCUGGGACUUUUGUGUUAGCACACACGGGUGCUGCGUGUCGUCGCGACGAAAACUUCUGGCGUGCUCGCGAGUACAUCCCAGAGCGUUGGUUGGAGCCCAGGGCACCUCACGCAGCCGCCCUGGUUGCCCCCUUCGGGCGGGGGCGACGAAUGUGUCCCGGGAAGCGAUUCGUGGACCUCGAAUUACAUCUACUCCUGGCUAAGAUAAUGCAAAGAUGGCGCGUCGAGUUUGAUGGUGAACUAGACAUUCAGUUCGACUUCCUGCUAUCGCCUAAGUCUCCAGUGUCGCUGCGAUUAGUCGAGUGGUAGUCGCAGAUUUAACUUAAGAUUUGUAUUUGUCUUUAUGCUUCAUAGAUCAUAGUUAUUAUUGGAAGGAUUGUACAAGACAAUGUUUAGCUUUUAUUCGGAGAAAUGACACUAAACUUGAAAGUAAGUUAACUAUAGUAUUGUUUGACUUAGGAAUGGGUGUUCUAGGAUCGUACCAGUGUGCCAACUAGGCAACUUUCUUCUGAAUAAAGGCUAAAAACACUGGGUUUGUAUAAUAGAAGCUUUAUUAAAACUAAAGAUCGACGUUUUAUAUCCGCUGUUCAUUGUAAC